CUUUUAAUAUGAAGUCUGAAAUGUUGCGUUUUAAGUUUUAUUACACUAAUAUUUCAACAAACUAAAUAGUAAUGUUUUAAAUUAAUUAUAUCAGUUUAGGCAGCUUUUUGUGUUUUCUACAUUUUUAGACAUGAUUUUUAUAUUUAUUUGAAUGGUAGUAAAUAAUAUGUGAUUUAAGUAGCACAAUACGAUUUGUUAUAAUUUUUUUUAAUUUUAAUAUGCCGGGUAGUGCCUAACACGAGUGAAACCAUUCAUAAAAAUGAUGGCUUCGAUGGCCACUGGUGGUCCUGGGGACCCACAUACACAGAUGAAUACCUAUCGCAGCUAUGUGACAAUGCUAGCGGAUCCCGGUGCCAAGGAUGAAAUCAAACUCAAAGCUGCACAGGAACUUAGUGAAAAUUUUGAGGUAAUAUUAAGUUCACCACAGUACCCGCAAUUCUUAGAUCAUUCUCUCAAAAUAUUUCUGAAGAUCUUGCAAGAAGGUGAACCACAUUUUAUAGCUGAAUACAAUAUACAGCAAGUUCGAAAAUUAAUACUAGAGAUGAUCCACCGAUUACCUAUAAGUGAAACUCUUAGGCCCUAUGUCAAAAGUAUAUUGAUACUAAUGCUGAAGCUCAUGGAAAUAGAAAAUGAAGAGAAUGUAUUGGUUUGCUUAAAGAUAUUUAUGGAACUUCAUAAGCAAUACAGACCGGCUUAUAGUACAGAAGUUGAUAUUCAUAAGUUUCUCCAAUGGGUUAAAGGUAUUUAUUCUGAUUUGCCAAAUCACUUGCCAAAAAUAUUUGAACCUAAACCUACAAUUAGAGUGAAAGAUCUAUCUGAAGUCAAUAUAGAGCAGCUUCUUCAAGAGACAUACACAACUACACCAAUACAUACAGAGAAAAAAUUAUUAGACGGAAGUGUUGUGACAUACAACCUUAUUCCCAGAUCAGUGUUAUCUUUGAAAGUUAUUCAGGAACUACCAAUUAUAGUUGUUCUUAUGUAUCAACUUUAUAAGCAAAAUGUUCAUCAAGAAGUAAGCAAUUUCAUACCACUGAUUAUGGAAACUAUAACAUUGCAACCGGCUGCAACACACAGGCAAUCAACAUCUUUUAAUAAAGAAGUAUUUGUUGACUUUAUGGGAGCUCAAAUAAAAACACUGGCUUUUUUGGCAUACAUUAUAAGAAUAUAUCAAGAUACUAUAGCAAACCAUGCAAGCUUAAUGGUAAAAGGUAUCAUUGGACUUUUGACACUAUGCCCACCUGAAGUGGCACAUCUAAGAAAGGAACUUGUAAUAGCUACGAGACACAUUUUAGCUACAGAUUUAAGACUGAAAUUUGUUCCAUAUAUGGAACGUCUUUUUGAUGAAGAAGUAUUACUUGGUGGAGGUUGGACAGUACACGAGUCCCUUCGUCCUCUUGCAUACUCAACUCUAGCUGACUUGGUUCAUCAUGUUCGGCAACAUCUUCCAUUGACAGACUUGGCUAUUGCAGCUCACCUCUUUUCUAAAAAUGUUCAUGAUGAGUCCUUGCCAACCAGCAUCCAGACAAUGUCUUGCAAGCUUUUGUUAAAUCUAGUGGAUUGCAUUCGCCAACGGUCGGAGAGCGAAGCAGGUGCGCCUCAGGGUCGACACCUACUUAUGCGCAUCCUAGAGGUUUUUGUUCUCAAGUUCAAAACUAUCUCUAAGCUUCAGCUCCCAGCGCUCAUGGCUAAAUGUAAACAAACAACACCACCUACGCCAAAUGGUACAAAUGGAAGUACUGCCAAUACUAGUCCGAACACGCCCACUACGCCUGCCCCAAGCACAUCCACAGCUGAGGUUAAAGUUGAGGAAGAAAAACCUACAACUGAUUUUCUCGAUAGCAUAAGCAAAGCAGAGGAGAAGUCAAAAAUAGGUUUUCCUACAUCACAAAUGAGUAACCUUAAUGUGGGAGACUAUAGAACUCUUGUUAAAACACUUGUCUGUGGAGUCAAAACAAUCACAUGGGGAUGUGCCUCGUGUAAAACUACAACAAAUAGUGAAGGAACAUCAACAACGACAAUAACAGGUCAAAAGCAAUUCAGUGCCCGAGAAACUUUAGUUUUUAUUAGGCUCGUACGUUGGGGCUUACAGUCUUUAGAUAUUUAUACAUUAGCUGCUCCGAGAGCACCAGCCCAACCGCCUGCGCAACCUCAUGUCCGAUCCAAAGAAGAAAAAGAAGUUUUAGAACAUUUUAGUGGUGUGUUUUCAAUGAUGAACCCUCAAACUUUUCAAGAAAUCUUUACAGCAACUAUAUCUCACAUGGUUGAAAGAAUAAAUAAAAAUCCUACACUACAAAUUAUAGCAAAUACAUUUUUGUCUAAUCCAGCAACAUCGCCAAUAUUUGCAACUGUUCUUGUAGAAUACCUGUUGAAACGAAUGGAAGAAAUGGGAACUAAUAUAGAAAGGUCGAACCUUUAUCUAAGACUUUUUAAAUUAGUCUUUGGUUCGGUUAGUCUUUUUCCUACUGAAAACGAGCAAAUGCUUCGACCGCACCUGCAUAGUAUAGUCAACAAGGCAAUGGAUUAUGCCAUGACGGCAAAGGAACCAUACAAUUAUUUUUUGCUGCUACGAGCCUUGUUUCGCUCGAUCGGGGGCGGCAGUCACGACUUACUUUAUCAGGAGUUUUUGCCUUUACUACCUAAUCUAUUGGAAGGAUUGAAUCGCCUUCAGAGUGGUCUACAUAAACAACAUAUGAAAGAUCUUUUUGUCGAGUUGUGUCUAACUGUUCCCGUUAGACUUAGUAGUCUAUUGCCUUAUUUACCUAUGUUGAUGGAUCCAUUGGUAUCUGCACUCAACGGGUCCCACACGUUAAUAUCUCAGGGAUUACGAACCUUAGAACUCUGCGUGGAUAACUUACAACCAGAUUUCUUGUAUGAACAUAUACAACCUGUCAGGGCAGAUCUCAUGCAAGCUCUAUGGAGAACGCUACAAAACAAUGAGGUUGCAAGGAUAGCAUUCAGAGUGCUUGGGAAAUUUGGCGGUGGGAAUAGGAAAAUGAUGAUUGAACCACAAAGACUAGAAUACAGAGAGACUGACGCUCCUCCUCCUGCUGUUCAAGCUUACUUCCAAGAUCAACCGAAACCGAUUGAUUUUGAAGUAGAUAAGAUUAUAGAAACCGCUUUCUCUGCCUUGAAGUCUAGUACGACCGAUCCUUUCUACCGACGCCAAUGUUGGGAAGUUCUUCGAUGCUACUUAGCAGCGUCAUUAAAUCUAGACGACGACAAGGCCACACUGCAGAAGUUAUUUAAUCAUCCUAGUUUCCUCGAAGGAAAGAUUCCACCUCAGACUGGUCCUUACUAUAAAUGUAGCAACAAUAUCGUUAGAAACACACAUCGAACAGCUUUAACGGGAAUGUUUGUUGCGGCGGCGAUCAAAGAAUUACGACACCAUGUUUUGCCGACUAUGGUAUCUCUGGUUCGUCACUAUACAUUGGUUGCUAUCGCUCAAGAGGCCGGCCCAUUCGCUGGUUCAGGUGGCCCCAAAGAAGGUCUCGAUGCUUUAGUGCUAGUCGAUGCAAUCGCUGUAGUGAUGGGUCACGAGGAGAAAGAACUCUGUAAGCCGGGCCACCUGGCAUUAGUUUUAAUGAUAGAGACUGCGGCAACUGUUCUGGGCAGUAAAGAACGUGCCUGCCGUUUACCUCUGAUGGAGUAUUUAGCAGAGCGGAUGUCGGCGUUAUGUUACGAAAGGGCCUGGUAUGCGAAAUUGGGCGGAUGCAUUGCCGUCAAGUUUAUGUUCGAAAAGAUGGCGCCCGAAUGGGUUUACAAGCACGUGUUUACCUUUUUAAAGGCGGUUCUAUUCGUUAUGAUGGACCUCACCGGUGAGGUGUCAUCUGGAGCUAUCGACAUGGCCACAGUGAACUUGGAACGCUUGGUGCGAGUGUGCGUGUCCGGGCCGGGCGGGCAGGCCGUGGAGCCCGAGGGUGACGUGGCCGUGGCCAAAGCUCGCGCGCUCCACGACGUCCUGCAGGAACUCGUCCUGCAAGUUACCAGUCCACACCUUUUAGUUCGGCAACAGGCAAUGAAAUCCUUGGAACUAAUAGCGGAAUUACAAAAUAAAACUGUAACGGAGGUGAUGGAUCCACAUCGAGAAGUGUUGGCCGAUAUUAUUCCGCCGAAGAAACAUUUACUUCGACAUCAACCGGCCAAUGCGCAGAUGGGUCUCAUGGACGGAACCACAUUCUGCACAACAUUAAAGCCGAGACUGUUCACAAUAGAUCUGAACAUCAAUGAGCACAAAGUGUUCUUCCGCGAGCUGUUGUCGCUGUGCGAGGCGGAGGACGCCAUGCUGGGCAAGUUGCCGUGCUACAAAGGCGUAAACCUCGUGCCGCUGCGCGGGUCGGCCCUGCGCGCGCUGGCCGCUUGCCACUACAUACAGGAGAAGGUCUGUCGGGAGAAGAUCUUCCAGGUGCUCUACAAGUCGCUCGAGAAGAGCGAUCUCGAGCUGCAGCAGGCCGGGUUCGAAUGUAUGCAAAAAUACUUAUCUGGUUUCCAAAUUGACAUGGAAAUGGUGCAUCCGGUUAUGCGACCACUUUUACUAACAUUGGGCGACCAUCGCAAUCUCAGUGUAAAUGGAGCGAAGCGACUGUCUUAUUUGACUCAGUUAUUCCCUUCAACAUUCAGCGAGAAACUCUGUGAACAAUUACUACAAUUAUUGAAGAAACUUCUGGAUUACUCGAUUCAAACAAAUAGAGGUGGAAACUUCCUGCAAAGUGUUUCUAAAAAUAUGGAAAAUGAACAAAAGAUUAUAAUAUUAAUCGGUAUAUUCCAUCAAAUACCUGCCGCUUCUCCUCGUUUUAUCGACGUUCUUUGUCGUCUUAUUUUCCAUACCGAGAAGUCGUUAAUGAUCGAAGCUGGGUCGCCAUUCAGGGAGCCACUCGUAAAAUUUCUGUUAAGGUACCCCAAGGAGACUCUAGAUCUGAUAAUGAGCGAUAACAACAUAAAAGAUCAGCAGUGGAGCCGUUUCCUCGUAUACCUAGUGAAACACUCGGAGGCGGGCCCCGCGUUCAGGGAGGCGCUGCAGACGUCCAAGAAGCAGCGGCUGAUGCAGCUGCUGGCGGCCGGCUCGCUGGGCGCGGCCGUGGCGCCGGCCGACCGCGCCGAGAUGCAGUUCCAGGCCGUGCGCGUCGUGUCGCUGCUCAUCAAGUUCGACGACCAGUGGCUGUCCUCGCAACACGAUCUCAUCGAGCUGCUCAAGCGCAUCUGGUGCAGCGACCAGUAUCACGAUGUUCACAAAAAAGUGGAAAAUGUGGACUGUACGCACUGGAAGGAGCCUAAAUUGAUUGUUAAGAUUUUACUGCAUUACUUCUGUCACCACCCGUCGAAUAUCGACUUGCUGUUUCAGUUAUUGCGUGCCCUUUGUGAUCGUUUCAUACCUGAUUUUCAAUUUCUUCGCGAUUUCCUCGAGAACACUGUAGCCCAGAAUUAUACAGUGGAAUGGAAACGAUCUGCCUUUUUCCGCUUCGUGGAACAUUUCGCCAGUGACGCCAUGUCGCAAGAGCUCAAAGCGAAGGUCCUGCAGAUGAUUCUUAUUCCAUGUUUCGCCGUCAGCUUCGAUAAGGGCCAGAAGAUUGUAGGAGGUCCGCCUGCGCCUUACCAAGAUAAUCCAGAUAACGUUGUCUCCGUUUUCAUAAACAAUGUGAUAGACCCGGAGAACCCAUUCGCUUGCUCGGACGCGGUGCGCAUCUCGCUGCUGCAGUUCGCGUGUCUGUUGCUGGAGCAGGCCUCCGCGCAUAUCCAUGACGCCAACAACAAGAAGCAGGGCAACAAGCUACGGCGCCUCAUGACCUUCGCCUGGCCCUGUCUGCUAGGCAAGAACUUCGUCGACCCCGCCACCAGAUAUCACGGACAUCUACUACUGAGUCACAUCAUCGCGAAAUUCGCUAUUCAUAAGCGUAUUGUUUUGCAAGUGUUCCACAGCCUGCUGAAGGCGCACGCGGUGGAGGCGCGCGCGGUGGUGCGCGCGGCGCUGGAAAUCCUCACGCCGGCCAUGCCGCAGCGCAUGGAGGACGGGAACACCAUGCUCACGCACUGGACCAAGAAGAUCAUCGUCGAAGACGGGCAUUCGGUUCAGCAGCUCUUCCAUAUCUUGCAGCUGGUGGUUAGGCAUUACAAGGUGUACUAUCCAGUGCGUCACGCGCUAGUGGGGCACAUGGUGGCGGCGAUGCAGCGACUGGGCUUCUCGGCUACCGCGUCCUUGGAACACCGUCGUCUCGCCGUGGACCUCGCCGAGGUGGCGCUCAAGUGGGAUCUACAGCGCAUACGUGACCAUGCGCCCGUUGAUACCGUCGUGGCGACGUCUCCGAGCGGAGCUAUGAAGCGCGUGUCGUCUGACGAGAGUGGCAACGAAACCCGUAAAGCGCUCAAUACGGGCUGGGCCAGCCCGCAAGCGAGCGUUUCGAGAGCGGAACCCGACGCGGCCAAACCGCUCGACAGACAACACGUCGAUGUCGUCGUCAAUCUACUUCUGAGACUGGCCUGUCAGGUGAACGAGGGCAGCGUGGCGGGCGCGGCGGCGGCCGGCGCGGGCGGCGGCGCGGCGGCGGGCGCGGGCGGCUCGCCGGGCGAGCAGCUGUCGCGGCGCUGCGUGCUGCUGCUGCGCGCCGCGCUCAAGCCGGACGUGUGGCCGCAUCUGUGUGAGCCGAAGCUCGCCUGGCUCGAUAAAGUAUUUUCGACGGCUGACACUAAUGCGGCGGCUUGCGCUAACGCUUGUACUGCUCUCGAACUACUCGUUUUUCUGUUGGGAGUGUUGCGACGCGAACAGAUUCUAGCCGCUCUGAAACCGCUACAGAGAGGUUUGGCGGCUUGCGUGGCAUCGACUAAUGCAAAGAUCGUUCGACUCACUCACAACCUGCUCGCUAAGCUGACGGCGCUCUUCCCGACGGAGCCCUCUGGGGCGGCACAAGCUUCUAAGUACGAAGAGCUGGAAACAUUGUACGCUUGCGUGAGCAAGUACGCUUUCGAAGGAUUGGCGACAUACGAGAAGUCGACCGGCGGGGGCGGCAGCGGCGGCGGCACGGCGGGUACGACCGGCGGGGCGGGCGCGCUGCUGGGGCCGCUGAUGAUGCUGAAGGCGUGCUGCGCGUCCAGCGCCGGCUACGUGGACCGACUGCUGCUGCCGCUGAUGCGCGUGCUCCAGCGCAUGGCGCGUGACCACGUCGCACCCAAUCCUGAUGCAGCUACCUCGGACCUUUUGAUUUUGGCAUUAGAUCUCUUAAAAGCACGUGUUUCUGUGAUGCCGGUAGAAACGAGGAAAACUUUCAUCGGUACCAUACUCGUCGGACUUAUUGAGAAAACUAAUGACGCUAAAGUUAUGAAAGCUAUCACUCGUAUGGUGGAAGAAUGGGUGAAAUGGAAGGGUGCGGCGGCAGGAGCCGCUCCUUCUUUACGCGAGAAGUCUAUUCUUCUUGUAAAACUCAUGCAGUAUGUGGAGAAAAGAUUCCCUGACGAUCUUGAGCUGAAUGCUCACUUCCUUGAUCUUAUUAACUAUGUUUACAGAGAUGAACAUUUAAAAAUUACUGAACUGUCAAUGAAAUUAGAGCCAGCAUUUCUUGCGGGUCUGCGAUGUCCACAACCACAUAUUCGAGCAAAGUUCUUUGAAGUUUACGAUGGUAGUGUGCGUCGUCGUAUAUUCGAUCGUUUACUUUAUAUAAUCUGCUCUCAAAAUUGGGAACAUAUUGGACAGCACUUCUGGAUCAAACAGUGUUUGGAAUUACUACUCGUUACUUGUGUUUCUAGUUCUCAGAUUCGUUUGUCAAAUUCAAAGUAUUUACUUCCAAAUAUAACGGCAGUAAUAAACUGGGCCGAUAGUGAGGAAAGAAAGUCGUUCGUUAUAUUCAGCAACGUGAAAGAAGAAUCUGCAGAUGGAUUUAGUGAUUCACUCGAUCCAGAUAAAGAGGAUGUUCUCGAUAUGGAUUUAGACUCGAGUUCCAAUCAGAAAGAUGAUUUGACUAAAAACGUACCAAGACAACGUGCCCUAAACCAGAUAGUCGCCAAGCAGUCGGAGUUCCUGGAGCUGGCGCGGCGCGUGCGCACGGAGCAGCUGGUGGUGGCGGCGGCGCAGCUCGCGCACAUGGACGACGCGCUGGCGCACCACACGUGGCUGCGCCUGUUCCCCGCGCUGUGGGCCGCCUUCGACGAGCGCCAGCUGGCCACAAUAAUGAACGAGAUCGUGCCGUUCAUUAUAUCGGGAGUGCACGUUAUUCAAAGAGAUCAACCGUUGAGUGCACUUAAUACGUUUAUUGAAGCGCUCGCUCGAUGCAAUCCACCAGUUUCCAUUAAACCGCCUAUGAUGAAAUAUCUCGGAAAGACGCAUAAUUUGUGGCAUCGAAUGACACUAAAUUUGGAACAAAUGGCUAUCGACCAAGCAAGCGGUCGGACCGUCCGAGAGGCUCUUGAAAUUUACGAUUAUGACGUUGAAUCCACCACGCCGACUGAGGUUUUAGAUUCUUUAAGUGAUAUGUAUGAAUUACUACAAGAGGAAGAUAUGUGGUCUGGUCUGUGGCAGAAGCAUGCUCGGUAUCGGGAGACUAACGUUGCUAUUGCCUAUGAACAGCAGGGCUUCUUCGAGCAAGCACAGGCCGCCUACGACGUCGCUAUGGCUAAGCUAAAACAAGAAUACUCUGCAAAUCCGUCGUCUUACAACAUGCAUAAGGAGUGUACUCUUUGGACUCAACAUUGGAUCAAGUGUGCCAAGGAACUGAAUCAAUGGGAUUCGCUUCUAGAACUUGGCCUGACGAGAAACGUUCGAGAUCCAUUUUUGAUACUAGAGAGUUCAUGGAGGAACCCGAAUUGGCCGACUAUGAAAGAUGCGCUCGCCGAAGUCGAGUACAAUUGUCCCAAAGAACUAGCGUGGCUCGUGAACCUGUACCGCGGGUACCUGUGCAUCUGCGCGGGCGGCGAGCAGCAGCUGAGCGGCGUGGAGCGCCACGCGGAGGCGGCGGCGGCGCAGUGCCUGCGCGAGUGGCGCCGCCUGCCGCGCCUCGUGUCGCACGCGCACCUGCCGCUCCUGCGCGCCGCGCAGCAGCUCAUGGAGCUCAGCGAGGCCGCGCAGAUACACACCGGACUCCUGCACAGUCGGCCGACUUCGUUGCACGACAUGAAGGCCAUAGUGAAGACGUGGCGCAACCGGCUGCCCGUGGUGGCGGACCCGCUGUCGCACUGGGGCGCCAUCUUCACGUGGCGUCAGCACCAUUACCAGUUCAUCGCCUCGCACUACGACUCGCAGACGGACCACGCCUCCAACCACAGCAUGCUUGGCGUACAUGCCAGUGCACAGGCAAUCAUUCAUUUUGCUAAAAUAGCAAGAAAGCAUAACCUCUCCGGUGUUUGUCUCGAUUCAUUACAUCGCAUAUACACCAUUCCGAGCGUUCCGAUAGUGGACUGCUUUCAGAAAAUACGACAGCAAGUCAAAUGUCACAUACAGAUGUCCUGGACGGAAGGAAAGGAUGAAUUGCAAGAAGGGUUAGAUAUGAUAGAAUCCACCAACUUCAAGUACUUCACGAAGGAGAUGACGGCAGAGUUCUACGCAUUCAAGGGAUUGCUUUUGGCUCAGUUGGGUCGAUCAGAGGAUGCGAACAAGGCAUUUGCUGCGGCCGUACAAUUACAUGAUACCCUUGUGAAGGCUUGGGCUCUGUGGGGUGAUUACUUGGAGCAGAUCUUUAUAAGAGACCCGCGUCAGACACAAGUCGGUGUUUCUGCUAUGACUUGUUUCCUUCACGCAUGUAGACAUCAAAAUGAAUCAAAGUCUAGAAAAUAUUGUGCCAAGGUACUGUGGAUGCUAAGUUUCGACGAUGAAAAAAAUAGCCUUGCAGAGGCACUGGACAAGUACUCAGUAGGUGUCCCGCCCGUGCAGUGGUUACCGUGGAUACCGCAGCUACUGGCGUGCCUCGUGCAGUACGAUGGGAAUGUCAUAUUGAACUUGCUAAGCCAUGUCGGUCGACUGUACCCACAAGCUGUGUACUUCCCCAUCCGCACAUUGUAUCUGACUCUCAAAAUCGAGCAACGCGAACGUCACAAGAGCGCAGAAAGCCUCGCCGCGCACCUGCCGCACCAGUCCGCUGCCGCCGCAGCCGGCGCCGGUGCGGCGAAGGCGGGCGAGAGCGCGUCGACGUCGGGCGGCGCGGCGGGCGCGGCGGGCGCGGCCGAGGCGGGGCCCAUCAAGGCCACGCUCCCCAUGUGGCGCUGCUCCAAGAUCAUGCAGCUGCAGCGCGAGAUACACCCCACCGUGCUGUCCUCGCUCGAGGGCAUCGUCGACCAGAUGGUAUGGUUCCGUGAGAACUGGUACGAGGAGGUGCUCCGUCAGCUGCGCGCGGGGCUCGCCAAGUGCUACGUGGUGGCCUUCCACCACCGCUCCGCCGUAGCCGUAGCCACUGUCACGCCGCACACGCUUAACUUCAUCAAGAAGGUCGUCUCCACCUUCGGAAUCGGUAUCGGGAUAAAAAGUGUUUCAAGUUCUGUAAGUGGUGCAUUCUCUUCAGCUGCCUCGGAGAGCCUCGCGAGACGCGCGCAGGCCACCGUGCAGGACCCCGUCUUCCAGAAGAUGAAGACUCAGUUCACAGCCGAUUUUGACUUCACACAACCCAACGCAAUGAAAUUACAAAACCUCAUACAAAAACUUAGGAAAUGGGUCAAGAUACUCGAGGCCAAAACAAAGGUUCUGCCCAAAUCAUUCCUCAUUGAAGAAAAAUGUAGGUUCCUAUCAAACUUCAGUUUGAAGACGGCUGAAGUUGAACUUCCGGGUGAAUUUCUGUUGCCAAAACAUACUCACUACCACGUAAGAAUUGCGCGCUUCAUGCCUCGCGUGGAGAUUGUUCAGAAGCACAAUACUUCUGCGCGUAGAUUAUACAUACGUGGACACAAUGGAAAAAUAUAUCCCUAUCUCGUUGUCAACGACUCUGGACUGGGCGACGCUAGGAGAGAAGAACGUGUCCUCCAGUUACUGAGGAUGCUUAACCACUAUCUUGGCAAACAAAAGGAAACUUCUCGAAGAUUUUUGCACUUCACUGUGCCCCGAGUCGUGUCGGUGUCACCUCAAAUGCGCCUCGUCGAGGACAACCCGAGCUCAAUAUCUCUUUUGGACAUUUACCGAACCGAAUGUGCUAAUAGGGGUGUGGAAUACGACGCUCCUGUAGCUCGCUACUACGAGAGAUUGGCUGCCGUUCAAGCUCGGGGAUCACAAGCGUCACACCAAGUUUUGCGCGACAUUUUACGAGAAGUGCAGGCGACGAUGGUGCCGCGCGGGCUGGUGCGCGAGUGGGCGGCGCGCACGUUCGCGGCGCCCACGGACUACUGGACGUUCCGCAAGAUGCUCACGCUGCAGCUGGCGCUCGCCGCCUUCGCCGAGUACGUGCUGCACCUCACGCGCCUCAACCCCGACAUGCUCUACGUGCACCACGACUCGGGCCUGCUCAACGUCGCCUACUUCAAGUUCGACGUGGACGACACCACGGGUGAAUUGGAUGGAAACAGACCGGUGCCCUUCCGACUGACACCGAAUAUAUCCGAGCUGCUCACCAACAUUGGUAUCACUGGCCCUCUCACAGCAUCUGCAAUAGCUGUUGCUCGCUGUCUCGUAACACCUAAUUUCAAGAUCCAGUCCAUACUACGAACCAUACUUCGUGACGAAAUGGUCACCGGAUAUAGAAAACGUCUGGAGGAUAAGUCCGGUCUUCCAACAGCUGGUACUUCCGCUGAAAACAAACCGAUGGAAAUGGACAACGAAACGAUUAUUAAUAUGGUGACGAAGGCCGUCACAGUUAUAAUGAAUCGCCUGAACUCCCUUGCACUAUUUGACGGACCGGACAGCAAGGUGGCCACGCUAGUAGCUGCAGCAAACAGUCACGACAAUUUAUGUCGAAUGGAUCCUGCUUGGCAUCCUUGGCUAUAAAUAAUAU